AAAAGCUCACCAGAAACAUUCAAAAGGAGCAAGUGGUCUUAAAACUUUUUGCAGCUCACAACCUGAGUGGGAAUUUUAAGAAAACUAAACUGGACCAUCAAGUUUCUUUCACAGGAUCAUCUGGACAGUGUACCACUGUAUGAUGGAUUCUUCCAAAUUUGACAGUUCUUCAUACUUUGGCAGAAUCCAUGGAAUUCUAAUGUAUAAAGAUUUUGUUGAAUUUUGGGAUGAUGUGGAGGCAUUCGAAGCAAGACCAGAUGACCUUGUCAUUGCCACCUAUCCCAAAUCUGGCACAACCUGGCUUAGUGAAAUUGUAGACAUGAUCUAUAAAGAGGGUGAUGUGGAAAAGUGCAAAGAAGAUGCCAUAUUUAAUCGAGUACCUUACUUGGAAUGCAGAAAAGAAGAUGUAAUGAAUGGAGUAAAACAACUGAAACAGAUGGCAUCUCCUAGAAUAAUGAAGACUCAUCUGUCAGCUGACCUUCUUCCAGGCUCAUUUUGGGAAAAGAACUGUAAGAUGAUCUAUCUUUGCCGGAAUGCCAAGGACGUGGUUGUUUCUUUUUAUUAUUUCUUUCUAAUGGUAGCUGGGCAUCCACAUCCUGGAUCUUUUCAAGAGUUUGUGGAGAAAUUCAUGGAUGGAGAAGUUCCUUAUGGUUCCUGGUAUAGACAUGCAAAAUCUUGGUGGGAAAAGAGAAAGAAGCCACAUGUGCUAUUUCUUUUCUAUGAAGACAUGCAGGAGGAUAUCAAAAGAGAAGUGAUAAAAUUAAUGCAAUUUCUGGGAAGGAAACCAUCAGAGGAGCUUGUGGACAAGAUUGUACAACAUACUUCAUUCCAUGAGAUGAAGAACAAUCCAUCUACCAAUUACACAAUGCUACCAGAUGAAAUCAUGAACCAAAAAAUAUCUCCCUUCAUGAGAAAAGGGAUUGUGGGAGACUGGAAGAAUCACUUUACAGUGGCCCUGAAUGAGAAAUUUGACACACACUAUGAGCAGGAAAUGAAAGGGUCUACAUUGAAAUUACAAACUGAGAUCUAAAAAGGAAUUUCUUAAUAUAUCUGAGGUUAAAGCUUUCUCCUCCAUCAUUCUUCAACUUUUUAAAAGUUUAGAUUGGUAGAGAAGGAAUCAUGUGAACAAUUAGGAUCAGGUUCACAGGGUUUUUGAGAUCUUUAUAUAAAAAACAAGAAUGUUUUCCCUGCUAUCUUUUUUAUUUUGGUUCUUUCUUUUAUUUUCAAAUAUUACAUGAAUCUAUAAUGAUGUAGAAACACACAGAUAGUUUGAGUUGUCAGUCUCAUUAAAAAUAACCAAGAAUUUCAUUUUCUUUAUUUUUGUGAUUACCUUUCUUUCCAUUUAGUAGUACAUCUGAUAUAUACAUAUACUUAUAUAUAGAUAUAUGUGUAAAUAUAUCUAUGUAUUAAUAACUGUACAUGGGCUUUGAAAAUUAUGGAGAAAGAACUAAAGAACAAAUAAACUUGGGGGCAUAACUAUACUUAUUAUUUCCUUACUUAUUUUCUUUCACUUUCUGCAAAGUGUCUAUAUUGGAAUUUACCUUAGUCUAAUGUAAAUUUUGGACAUAAAAGAGCUGAUUUCAAGAUGUCUAUAAAUAGUCUUUAUAUACAUUACAUUACAUUAUAUAAUGCCUAAAAAUAAUGAGUAUAGGGGCAAGCCCCAUGGCAUAGUGAUUAAUUUUGGCAAGCUCUGCUUUGGAAGCCUGGAUUUGUGGGUUCGGAUCCCACAUUCGGACAUAAACCACUUGUCAGCCAUGCUGUGGUGGUGACCCACAUACAAAAUAGCGGAAGAGUGGCACAUAUGUUAGCUCAGGGAUAAUCUUCCUCAAGCAACAAAAGAGGAAAAUUGGCAACAGAUGUUAAUUCAAUACGAAUCUUCCUCAGCAACAAAAUAAAAAAUGAAAACUGAGUGUAAUUCGUGCUUGAAUGUCUUUAGCAAAUUUGAAAUACUUAUGCUUUAAUGUUCCUUCUUUCUUAUGUACAAUGUGAUGAAUGUAAGCUCUGUAAGCUAAAGUUUUAAAGAAUGUGAUAUUUGCCAGUAAAAUAAAGGAAAAACAAAAGAAGAA